CGCUGCGCCGUCCCCAGCCAAACCUUUCCUCCCCGCCUUUCUCUUCAGUGCACGGUGGUGUCUGAUCCUUGGGAUCCGGGACGCUCUGUUCCAAGGAGAUUCCCCCGCAGGGCAGGUCGGGUUGGUGACUCGGGAUUUCAGAGCUCAGCUUCUCAGAAGCAGAUUCUUGUAUCGGCUCAAGCUUGAAUUUCCCACUCCUGGAUCUUCCAACAAGGCUGGGCUGUUUUCAGGGUAGGUGAUGUGGUCGCACAGGCCGUGGCGGUCUCUCGAUUUGCUUUGUGUUUUUCCCCAGGUUUGUUGGUGAAAGCACCCAUGGAAAUGGAGAGCAGGAGCACUGAGAAGUUUUAUAGGAUCCCCAAAGGGAAGGGACCGCACUCGGUCGGAUGUACAGACCUGAUGACAGAAAAUGCAGUUGAGGGAAGCUUCUUGCGCCUGUAUUAUCCAUCAUGCGAUGCCACAGAUAACGAAGAGGCGCCGUGGAUUCCAGAUAAAGAGUACUAUCAGGGACUCUCUGACUUCCUUAAUAUGUACCGAAUUGUAGGAGAAAGGCUUUUCCAGUACUAUGUGGGUUCAGUGACCUGUCCUGCAAAGUCAAAUGCUGCUUUUAAGCCGGGAGAAAAAUACCCACUCCUCAUUUUUUCCCAUGGACUUGGAGCUUUUCGGACGAUCUAUUCGGCUAUUUGCAUAGAGAUGGCUUCCCAGGGCUUUAUAGUGGCUGCUGUGGAGCACAGAGAUGAAUCUGCUUCAGCAACGUAUUAUUGUAAAAGAAAGUCCGUUUCUGAGCCACAGGAAGAGUCUACAUCAAACAUGGAGAAGGAGUGGAUCUACUACAGGAAACUAAAAACUGGAGAGGAAGAGCGCUGUUUGCGCCAUAAGCAGGUGCAGCAAAGAGCGCAGGAGUGUAUCAAAGCUCUCAACCUCAUUCUUAAAAUCAAUUCAGGAGAGGAAGUAAUGAAUGUACUAAAUUCAGACUUUGACUGGAAUAGCCUAAAGGAUUCUGUUGAUACUAGCAGAAUAGCUGUGAUGGGACACUCUUUUGGUGGUGCUACAGUUAUUGAGAGUCUCAGCAAGGAAAUAAGAUUCAGGUGUGGCAUUGCCCUCGAUGCAUGGAUGCUUCCAGUAGGUGAUGACAUUUACCAGAACAGUGUCCAGCAACCACUGCUUUUUAUCAACUCUGAAAAAUUCCAGUGGGCUGACAAUAUCUUAAAGAUGAAGAAGCUCAGCUCCAAUGACACAAACAAGAAAAUGAUCACUAUCAAGGGGUCAGUACAUCAGAGCUUUCCUGACUUUACCUUUGUGAGUGGAGAAAUUAUUGGAAGAUUUUUCAAAUUAAAAGGAGAAAUAGAUCCAAAUGAAGCUAUUGAUAUAAGCAAUCAUGCUUCGCUAGCCUUCCUGCAGAAACAUUUGAGUCUUAAGAAAGAUUUUGAUAAGUGGGAUUCCCUUGUGGAUGGCGUAGGACCCAACGUUAUUCCUGGUACUAAUAUUGACUUAUCUCCAGCUGAACCUGAAUAAGGAAUACAAAAGAAGUACUGAAAAUGCCACGGACAUCAGGACACUAAUGUUGGCCAGACAUUGCUCAGACAUGUGAUAGCAUUGGCCACCAACACAGCUUUUGGGGUAUGGAACAAAAAAGAAAAAAGGCAUUAAGUUACAUUAUCAUAAAAAUGUAGAGAGGUUUUAGUUCAAAUGAGUUAGUGGGGUUCUCUGAAAUACUGCAACAGGGUAACUUCUGCUUUACAGGCAGC